AGCUUGGGUUAUCAGUGUCAUGACCUAUCUUUACGCGGUAGUCUGAUUACAGAAGUUAUAUUUCAUUCCGAAGCGUAUACAUCCGAAUGUGUAAUUAAAAGUUAAAGCGUCUUGUAUAAAGCCUGUGCACAGACUUUGCGAACACAGAUAUCCAGAAUGAGUAAAAUUCGAGACUUCAAGUUAGAAGGUCUUGUGCCCGCAGUUUUCACUCCUAUGACGACUGAUGGGGCGAUCGACUAUGACAAAAUUGAUGCCUACAGUCGUUACCUCUCAGAUCUUGGAGUGAAGCAAGUAUUUCUGAAUGGUACUACAGGCGAGGGUUUCUCUCUCACCCUUGACGAAAGAAAAAAGAUUGUUGAGACAUGGGUGAGAGUCGGAAAAGAAAGUGGCCGCAUACGCGAUAUUGUUGUACAUGUUGGAUCUCUCAAUAUGCAUGAUUCACAAGAAUUGGCUAAGCAUGCUGCUGUUGCAGGGGUUGAUGCAAUAGCCACCGUCCCACCAUUGUUCUUCAAGCCUUCCAAGCUGGAAUAUAUUGUUGAAUACUGCAAGAAAAUCGCCGAGGCUGCGCCCAAUGUGCCGUUUUACUAUUACCAUAUCCCAACAAUGACUGGCGUAGAAGUCAAUAUCGAAGACUUUCUUGUGAUGGCAUCCAAGGAGAUCCCCUCAUUGGUUGGCGCCAAGUUCUCAUCCAAAGAUCUAGUGGACUUUCUGGGAUGCACACAGUUGACGGCCCCAAACCGAAGUGAUUCCAAGUACAACCUCAUGUUUGGAUGCGAUGAGCAACUGAUGGCUGCCAUGGUGAUGGGAGGGCAUGGGUCAGUGGGAAGCACCCCUAACCUGAUGUGGGGCACGAUGGCCCGCGUGCUGCAACUCACUGCCCAGGGGAACUUCCCGGAGGCCCGGAAGGAGCAGCUUCGAUGUCAGAAAACAGUCCGGAUCAUGUUGAAAUACGGGCCCCAGCUGGGCGGGAAUGUUGCAGCCCUUAAGGCCAUCUUGGCUCUAGUUGGCAUGGAUACCGGGCCGCCCCGAGCCCCAAUGCGUGCUCCUUCGGCAGAGGAGGCAAGGGCCAUAAAAGCCGACUUGAAUGCAAUAGGCUUCUUUAAUUGGGACAAGUAGACGGAAGGUUUAGAGUAGCCACCCAAUGUGUGGACAAGGACUGUUCCAGCCAAAGUUAUUUGAAUUGUGAUUCUUCUGUACCAUAAAUAAUGCCGUCUCAAACAAUAUUCUUUUAAAAGCUAUUGCAUUUAAAUUUCACGUAUUUAUAAUAUAUCGCUGAAAUAAAGGAAUGGUUUUGUGCAGCCUUUUA